UUAGAAUAUUAUAUUUGUAGCAAAAUCAUAACAGGAGGCGUAGUUCGUGGGAUAAUCUGGUUUUCAGUCGGAAACAUUCUUUAUAUUUUGGAAUGAUACUUUUAGCUGCUAAUAAUAAUUUUCAUUUGUUAAAAAACCCAUUCUCUCUCUCCCUCUCCUGUAUUCCUCGACCCCUUUUUCCCAAAUGAGUUACUCGUUCAGGUGUGGCGACCCCUUCCCUGGAUUGAUCAAGAUAAACACCACUCUCUUCUUCCUCCUCGCUGCCGUAAUCCAAGAAGCCAAAUCAGUAGACCCAAAAUUCGAAGCUUGCAAGCCUGUGAACUGCGGCGAUGGACCUACCCGUUCUGGAGUCCUCUCAUGCAGCAUAACUACUGCGGCCACCCAGACUACGAGGUAACCUGCUUGGAAAACCAAAACCAAAACCAACCAGCCCUUUUGAUUUCUGAAGCCUAUUACCUCAUCAGAGACAUCUCCUAUGCUAACCAUUCGCUUACAGUGGUGAACACCGAAGAAGAGUCGAAUAGUUGCUCUGUUCCUCUGCAAAAUUUCACCAUCAAGAACACUCCUUUCGAGUUCGACCACAUACCCGUUAAUCUCUUCUUCUUCUAUAACUGCACAAGAUCUGUCCUCUUGGGUGAUCAAUCAUUCCAGCUUAAUUGUUCGAGCAGUGUUACUGGGAAUCGCUCGUAUGUCUUGUUUGAACACGAUUUGGAAUUGCCUUACCUGAAUUAUACUCUUCAGACCUGCAAGUCCACAGUGAGUGCGCCGGUAUACACGAAUGGUCUGAGUUUGGGAGAUUUACAAGGGAUGAACUACUCGACUUUGAUGAAUAGAGGGUUUCUGUUAGAAUGGACUGAGAAUGUUAAUUGCAGUCGAUGCGAAGUAAGCGGUGGCCGCUGUGGGUAUUACGAGAAACAGUUCUUGUGCCUUUGCCCCAAUGGACCCAAUGGGCAAACCUGCACAGGGGGCAUACCUUUGGGAACGAAGCUUGCAAUAGUUAUUGUACCGAUCAUUAUAUUUGUGAUUAUAUUGCUGGCAAUUCUUAUGAGAAGGAAAUUAUUAUCAAAUGGAAUGAUGUCAUUUUGGAAGAAAAAAACAAGAAAUACUCAAAAUGUUGAGGCUUUUCUAAGGAAUUUGGGAUCCCCAGCACCCAAAAGAUAUAGUUACUCAGAUAUCAAGAAAAUGACGAAUUCAUUUAAAGAAAAAUUGGGCCAAGGUGGUUACGGUGGUGUAUUCAAAGGGAACCUACCCGAUGGUCGCUUGGUUGCAGUGAAAGUGCUAAAUGCCUCUAAAGGCAACGGAGAAGAGUUUAUUAAUGAAGUUUCAAGCAUUAGUAGGACUUCCCAUGUUAAUAUUGUGACUCUUCUGGGUUUCUGUUUUGAUGGCUCCAAAAGAGCACUUAUCUAUGAGUUCAUGACCAACGGAUCUCUUGAGAAGUUCAUAUACAACAAAAAAUCAAUGAAAACAUACCCUCACCUUGGUUGGGAAAGACUAUAUCAAAUUGCAAUUGGCAUUGCUCAAGGAUUAGAGUAUUUACAUCGUGGUUGUAAUACUCGAAUUCUGCAUUUUGACAUAAAACCUCAUAACGUCCUCUUAGAUGAAGAUUUUUGUCCAAAGAUAUCUGACUUUGGUCUUGCUAAACUAUGUCCUAGAAAAGAUAGUAUCAUAUCAAUGGCAGAUGCUAGAGGAACAGUAGGAUAUAUUGCACCAGAAGUGUUCUCUCGGAACUUUGGAGGAGUUUCACACAAGUCAGAUGUCUAUAGUUAUGGAAUGAUGGUAUUAGAAAUGGUUGGAGGAAGAAGGAACAUUGAUGCUGGAGUUGAUCACACAAGUGAGAUUUAUUUUCCACAUUGGAUCUAUAAGCAUAUUGGACAAGGUGAGCAUUUACAAUUGGACAUGGUCAUGAGGGAAGAGGAUGAAGAAAUAGCAAAGAAGAUGGUUUUAGUGGGUUUAUGGUGCAUACAAAUGGAUCCAACUAAUCGACCAUCAAUCAGCAAAGUGGUGGAUAUGUUAGAAGGAAGCCUUGAAUCAUUGCCAAUUCCCCCCAAGCCAGUGUUUUCUUCUCCUCCAAGACAAGUAGCUGAUUCUUUUACUGGAUCAUCAUCUUAACUGCUUUCCUAUAUAUUACAUGUAUGUGACACUCAUCAUUUCCAAGAGAAUAUGUAUUUUUCAUGGGUGGAAUUGUUUCUAUU